AUGCGUGGGCUUUGUGAAUAUUGCGGAGAUAACUUGAAUUGCGGUAACAGCAACUUUGCUCGCCGCGCCGAGUGCUUCAAGUGCGGUUCUGCGCGCCCCGCCGACGCGGGCGGCGGCGGCGGCGGGCGGGAGGAUCGGUAUGGCGGCGGAAGAGACGACAGGGGGGGUGAUCGCUACGGGGGUGGGAGAGGCGACGACAGGGGGGGGGAUCGCUACGGUGGCGGGAGAGGGGAUGACAGGGGCAGGGGAGACGACAGGGGGAGGGGUGAUGACCGCGGGAGAGAUGACAGGGGAAGGGGGGACGAUAGGCGUGGGAGGGAUGACAGGCGCGGCGGGGACUACGGGUCUCGCGGAGGGGACCGCGACGGGGGGCGUGGGGAUGGGGGCCGGGGGGGCAGUGAUUAUGGCGGGCGCGGUGGGGGAGACUAUGCGCGGGACGACAGGGGCGGUGGCGGAGGGGGAGGGGGCUCCGCGGGCGGGGGAUACGGGGGAGGAGGGGGAUAUGGGGAGGACGCCGGGGCCGACAGCGGGGGCGGGGGGGGAGCGCCGGGGGUGAAGCAGUGCGACGAGAACUGCCCCCCGGAUUGCGACAACGCGCGGAUUUACAUUUCCGGGCUCCCCAAGGACGUCACCGUUGACGAGCUGUGCAACCUGUUCGGCGGCAUUGGGAUGAUCGCGCGCAUCAAGCAGAAGCGCGGGUACAAGGACCAGUGGCCGUUCAACGUGAAGCUGUACACGGACGAGAGGGGGCAGAACAAGGGCGACGGCGUGCUGACGUACGAGGACCCACAGGCCGCCCACAGCGCCGGUGGCUUCUUCAAUGGUCACACUCUGCGUGGCAGCACCAUCAAAGUGGGCAUGGCAGAGAAGUCGGCACCGCGGCCGGGAGGAGGAGGCGGACGAGGAGGGGUCUUCACUGUUUCUUGUGCUGCUAUUUGUUGCUGUUACUCUACCUUACUGCGCUCUCCCUUCGCCUCUCUCCUCCCUCGCUCCUCUCUCUCUCUCUCUAUCUCCCUCCUCUCGUCCCUCGCUCCUCGCUCCUCCCUCGCUCCUCGCUCCUCCCUCGCUCCUCGCUCCUCCCUCGCUCCUCGCUCCUCCCUCGCUCCUCUCUCCUCCCUCGCUCCUCUCUCCUCCCCCGCUCCUCCCCCCUCUCUCGCUCCUCUCUCCUCCCUCACUCCCUCCCUCACUGCUCAUGCUCUCCCACUCUCCGCGUCCACUUAA